UAUGUUAUUGACCAUCUCUAAAUUCUGGGCUUUCGCAGUGAUCGAACGUUUACCGCCAAUCUGCAAAAAAAGCAAAAAUUAAAUUCUCAACAACUUGCUGUUUAGAAAUUACUUGAGGGAAUAAUGUCGCACGAACAAAACGUUAUUGAAACUAUGAUCCAAUCGUACAUAGAAUCGUACAAGCAAUCCGCGCAGGACAUCAAAGAGAGUCAACUAGCAAUUAUCAAGAAAGCGCAGCAGACGAGCAAGGCCUACAUUGAGAAGAAUGAGCAGUGCAUUCACCUAACGGACGAAUUAAAAUGUAGCCAAGAAGAGGUAAAGGAACUGACUCUGACUCUCGAGGAAAUGCAGAAAAAAGAAGAAACUAUGCGGCAGAAGUGGCAAGACCUAUUUUCCAAAUUUGCCGGCAUUGAGAAGAAAUACGAUACGGAAAUACACAAUGCUAAAAUCACCAUUGAAAAGCUGAAUUCUCAGCUAAAUGAGCGAACUAAAUCUGAUGCAGAACAUGAAAUUGAACUGGCUGAGUUGCGCUCCAUCCAACAGACGCUUUCUGAUCAGCUAGAUAGCAACAACGAAGCCUACAAUAAUCAAAUUCAGAGUCUUGAAACGAUCAAUUCCAGUUUGCAGGACGAGAACAACAAAUUGACUGCCAAUUUGAAGAUUUUACGUGAAGAAAUAGCUGAACAAAUAGCUUGCUAUAAGGAACUCACGUUGUCAAUGCAAAAGUCUAGUAUGGCUACGAAUGUCCAAAAAGUUAACUUUGAGAAUGCUGUCAAGCAUCACGAGUUGGAGCUGAAAAAGGCUCAAGACAUUAGAGCGACACUUGAAGGUAAUCUAGUGCAUAAGGAACAGGAUUGUCAGAAGCUGUUGCAGCAAAACCAACAAUUAUCUGAAGAAAUACAAGGGAUGCGCCAAAAAUUUGAGUUGGAGUUGAACGAAAAGAAAGAAGAAAUGGAAAAGCUAUAUUGCCACAACCAGAAUGUAACAAAGACAUAUAUGUGUGAGGAGGAACUCUACAAAGAGAAAAUUGUGUCUCUACAGGGGGAAAUAAAAAAACUCCGCGAAGUGAACAUCAAUCAUGAAGAUGAAAUAACUUCACUUAUAAUUGGGAUUGAAAAGGUAUCUCAAACCAACGAAGACAGCAUCGAACAGGAAAAGGCCAAAAUUCAGAAAGCAUUCGAAGAGAAAGAGAAGUUGAUGCAGGAAAAACUAGUAGAUUUAGAAAAAGAACUCAAUCGCAAGGAUAAUGAGCUUUUGGACUUGGAACGAAAGAAAAAUUCUACCAUUGCAGAGCUUAAGUAUAAAAUGAAUAAAAUUGGCACUGUCUUCAGCCAAUCAGUGGGCUCUGCCACCGUCUUUCAUGAGACUAACGAAUCGGAUUCGAAGACCUAUAAGAAUCAGAUGCAGCCAGUGUCUGACACUGUAGGCAUUGUGACAUUGCCUUUAAAUAAAUCAGAGAACACCAUUAAGACCCGAUCUAAGUCCCCUGAUACGUCAGAUGGUGUGGUUUUUCCUCUAUCGACUCCAAUCAAAAGAUCCCGUUCAAUGCGCUCAUCUCGUGCCCGUAAGCCAAUGUAUAAUGACUCUGACUUUAAUGAUGAAACAAGUGAGGAUGAAUAUGUACCGAUUAUCGACUUGGUGGAAUCCCCAAAAACACGAUCGAAGAAAAGUCGUCCAAGCGCUAAGAAAAUGAAUCGUUUGGAUGCCGCAUCGCCCUCUGAAUCAUUGUCGUGGGAUAUUUUCGAUAAGCUUAAGUCUGCUCCAUAAAAUUUUUUAACAGCUUCAGUUUCAUUCAUGUUUAUCGCAUAAAUAUUGACUUGAGACACGAAUCUUCCAUUGAUUUACUCAGAUUAGUGCUCUGUAAUAUACUUUUCUUUAGUCAAGUAUUUCGAGUAUCACCAGAUGAAACAAUAUGCUGGAAUAUAUGUACUUUUCCGUCUUUAUAGCUAAACUUAAGUUGAAGUUAAAUAUUAUCCUAAUAUUCAUUGGAACACAAUGUUAUUCUAAAAUGUACUCGAUUUGUACAAUCCUCUAAUUUUAAAGUAAUGAACUGAAAUAUGUGCGAUAUUUUGUUUUGAAAGAGUUAAGAUUAAGCUCAACCAAAUAUUUAGGUUUAACUAAACUUAAGAAGUUAAAUAUUAUCAUUACUCUCGCCUUAUCCUUGAUAUGAAAUUAAUACUGGUUCACGGUAGUUUGUGCCACAUUAUGUUUCGAAAGCAAGAAAAAAUAAUCUUUAUCUAUGUUAAACUAAACUUUAAAAAGUUAAAUAUUAUCAUAUCUUUCGCCUUAUC